AUGGGCGCGUUCCCAUCUCACGAUGCCCCUGAGUUGCUGUACACAACACUGGUCACACGGCCCACAACAGAAACCCGCGUAGAGAUUUGUCUCGUGCCACUACUACCUCGCUUCUUUAAUGACGGGCAUAAGAAACUCAAGAGGAAGCUCAGCGACCUCCUUAUGCGUAAGUUAUCACACCUGUCACCAACAGCGUCAGGAGUAGCCGCAGCGAAUAGCAACACGGCUGGCACACCAACAGCAGCAUCAGGUGGAAAUGGAAGUGGAAGCACAACGGCGAAUGCCGCCAAGCGGCAGGAUCAGGCAGGAGGUACCGCAUUGGUGGAUUACAUAAUGUCCUGUACAGAGUCUUUUUUCUUUGUGAACACCAAAGUGGCUGUGGGAAAGAAAGAUGGCGCACAUGAUCAUCAACAACAACAAAAACCUCAUAUGAAAGAGAAAGGAGGUAAUACGGGAUCUACAUCAACAUCUGCAGCAAAUUCCGGAACGGAAACAGCAACUUCCCAGCAACAACAACAACAUUCUGGUUCACACCACGCAUCUCAUCAUUCUACACCAUCUCUUAUGCGUCCAGUACCUUUUGCGGUGUGUAUUUUAGAGCCAGAUAACUCAAGUACGGAGUCUAACACAUCCACAUCUAAUCAACAGAAUUCUUCAAGCAAGCAACAACAACAACAACAACAUCAAGCGCAAAAUAACCAUACAGUUCUUAUCAAGGGUAGACGUCUACAUCUUGUGGGAUUUGUUUCUUGCUGUAUGGAUAGACAAAUGUCGCAAAUCAACACUUCAAAUUCUCCAAAGUUACACGCCCUUAAUGGUGGAGGUAGCAAUUCGGGUUCUUCUUCUUCUGCACCCGCUGGUACCAUGGGAGCUUCUUCAUCUGGAGAUUCUAAACAGCCAACAUACCCUGUUGUUUUAGAUGUAAUCUUUGAUGACGUGGAAGCACACGGUUACUUAACAGAGUCUGUGGUGUUAUUAGCAUCCUUUGCAUUUCGCAAACAAUUUGUAGAUAGCUGUGCUCUUUACUUUCCUGUGGGUGAUAAUGAUGUGGAGGUUGCAUUUGACCGUCAGAUGGAACGUUUACAGUUGCGACUUGUACUACGUCAUGAUGUUUACCGUGACUUACGUAUAUUCUAUUCUCACUAUACACUUUUAGAUAUGAUAAAAGAACUUGAAAUGCAUAAAGUUCCACCCACACACUUUUCCUUAUAUGAAAAUAAUUAUGGUGAGUAUGGAAUGGAGGUAACAUUCAGUAAUAAAUUUCUAGCUCGCUGGAUGCGAUUUGUUGAAAAGAAAAUGACUGUCGACUCUGUAAAUGGUUAUUAUGUUCGUUGUGUGACUUCGGAUCUACUGCAGGAACGUUAUCGCCUAAUGCAGGAACGACAAGACAGUGGAGCCUUUCUGGAGGAGGAGGAAGAUGAUGAACGCCUCUUUGGCGGUGCCUUACUCUCUGUUGCCCUCAAGCAGUGGCUGGUGGCGGGAUCGCAGUCGCUUCUCCACCAACAAAUGCAGCACCCGGCGGCGGCCCCGGCGAUGAUGUUCCCCGGCGGCCCGGCGACGGCGGUUCCCGCGGGUGUUGGCGUUGGCCCGGCGGUGCCCGGCGGGGUGGGGGUCGGCCUCGGCGGGUUUUGGCCGCAGAUGUCGAUGGUGUUGGGCGCCCCGCCGAGUUGGCCCGCCGGCGUCGUGCCGUUCAACCCCGCCGCCGCGCCAAUGGCGUCCGUGAUGAACCCGCCGCCGUCCUUCGUCGUCCCCGGCGGGCGGCCGCAGAUAUUUUACGCGGCCCCGCAGGGCGGAUCGGCCUUCGUCGCCCCGGGCGGCAUGCACAUUGUGCCCUCCGCCGCCGGGCCCUACGGCGUGAUGGCCGCCGCCCCGCAGCAGCAGCAGAUUGUCUACGUCCUGCCAGGCGGGCAAUUGGCGCAGGCCGCAGCUCCACCGCCACCUCCUCCUCCACCAGCACAGCCGCAGGCAACAGCAACAGCAGGAGCAGCUCCAGCAACAACAACAACAACAAACACAACCGCAAACACAACCACAACAACAGCUACCACAGCAACAGCAGCGGUUGCUGGAGGAGGCGCGCCUCUUGCUGCCUAUCCACAAACUGGCAUGCCGCAGGUGUAUUAUGCGGCGCCAGCGACGUAUGCGGUUUCGUAUCAGCCGUACAUGUAUCAGCAACCACCACUGCCACCACCACCACCGCCGCAACAGCAACAGCAACCGCAACAACAGCAGCAGCAGCAGCAGCAACAAUAG